AUGGCCUUUGUGAAGGGAUUGAUUGUCUGCGUCGUCUCCGUCGCUGUCGUUGUUAAGGGUUUCCCGAGGAUGUACGACGAAGACGCGGUGGAUGACGGUAACGUCGAGGAACGGACGGCCGCGGAUGUGGACCGCAACGGACACGCCGAGGAUCAUCAUCACCACCACGCCUACUCGUUCCAUCAUUUUUCCGGGCCGGUGAUGGGCCAUCAUGAGGAGAUAUCGUGGAAAGAUAAGCACGGGCAUCAUCAUCACGACUACAAGGCCCAUCCAAAGUACAAGUAUUCGUACGGUGUGGACGACCACCACUCCAAGGACCACCACGGGCAGAAGGAACAUCGCGACGGCAAACACGUCGAGGGCGAAUAUCACAUCCACGAACCAGGUGGCAAUGUCAGGAGCGUAAAGUAUCACGCUGAUCCUCACGGUGGAUUUUACGCCGAAGUGCACAAUUAUGGCGGGAACGACCAUUCGGGUGGUUCGCACGGUUAA